AUGCUCACACAUGUCACAAAUGAUGCUACCAAGUUAGUACACGUUAUCAGCCUAUUUUCUUUAUUAAAUUUAUUUAACUUUAUUUUCUCCUUUGCUUUCGUUAUUUUCUUCCUUUCCAUUACAAUUUGUUGCCUUUUGUCCUCACCUACUUCUUUCUUUCUUUCUUUCUUUCUUUUCUUUUGUAGACGUUCUCUCUUUCCUUUCUCCAUUUCAAAACUUUCUUUCUUCUCUUUCUUCUUCACUUUCUUUCUAGUACAAUUUUUUUUUGUUUUGUUUUCUACUCUUUUCUUUCUUUCUUUCUUUCUUUCUUUCUUUCUUUCUUUUCUGAGAUCUUUUUCUAUCUAUCUCUUUCUUUCUUUCUUUCUUUCUUUCUUUCUUUCUGUUACAGAUCUUUUUUUAUCUUUCCCUUGCUUUUCCGAAUCUUUCUUUUCAAAUUUUCUUUCUUUCUCUCUUACCAAUAAUGUUUUUUCUUUCUUUUUCACUUUUUACUUUUGUCCUAUAAUUUUUUCUCUUUCUUUCAUUAUUCCUUUCAUUCUUUCUUCCCAUUAUAGAAACUUCUUUCUUUUUUACGCUUUUAUCUUUCGUAUCUCAUUUUUUAAAUAUAUAUUUCUUUUCACUUCUUUUCUUUCUCUUUUCUCUUUCACAUCCUUCUUUGUGGCUUUCUUCCUUCCUUUCUUCAUUUAUUUCUUUUGCCAUACAUAUUUCCUCCUUUGCUCACUCUCUUGUUUCAUUUCGUCCGUUUCUUUCAAUACACUCUGGAUAUUUUCGACUCUUCUGUUCUCUCUCUCUCUCUCUCCCCCUCUCUCUCUCCCUCUCUCUCUCUCUCUCUCUCUCUCUUAUCCUUCGACAUUUUUAUUUAUUUAUUUGCUUUCUUUUGACUAA